AUGGAAUCGGCUGCAGUCCUUGGAGCUCUAGACCAAGACAUUGCUGCUGAAAUCCUUCCUAGCACAUCGACUGCAAUAGAGUCAGAUGAAGAGGCGCUCAAGAUAUCAGUUAUUGACGUGGUUGCCGAUAUGAUUGUUAUCUAUGGCUGCAGAGAUGUGCUUAGUUGGUGUCGUAGCGCAGCUGGAGAUUCUGAUAAUGGGCGAAGUUUUAUAAAUGAGCUGAUCGACAUUGUGAUGUGUAAGAAAACUGGACCACUCCUAUGCGUAAAAGCCUGUGAAUGCCUUGCCAAAAUAGUGAUGGCUGAAAGUCUCUCAACUGAGGAUAAUUAUCUAAUCGAGGCUCUUGUUGCGCUGAUCUCGAGGUAUAGUUCUUUUGCUUAUUGA